AUGGCGGAGAUACCGAAAGGACUUGCUCCUAUCUCGUCGUUUGUAAAAAUUGCCAAUGAAUACAAGAAUCGAGAUAUUGUGAUCUACUACUGGAGUAAGUUUUUGAACUUUUUUUACUUUUUUUGAUUUUAUAUGUAAAUUAUCAUAAAAUUCAUUGUUUUAGCUCUGUUCCAUGCUGCCAAGCAGGCUAUGGAGCUUUCCAAAGAUUCAAAAGAAUCAACAGCGUAUUUGGUUGGCAUGUUGGAUGAACUGGAGAAUGUAAGUUUGAUAUUAUAAUUAAUAUUGUGAAAUGUUAGGUUAAGAAACAGCACCCAGAGAAUGAGUCAUUACGGGUUGAUGUUGCUGCACAAGCUCAUAUUGAACAGCAGGCGGCCAAAUUGUUUAAUUUCGCCGAUAAUAAGGAUCGCAAUGGAGAGUUCAACAAGAACACCAUCAAGGCUUUUUAUGCUGCUGGUCAUCUGUUCGAUGUUCUGGCAGAGUUUGGAGAACCUGACGACGCUGUACUGGUGCGUUUUUAUGUUAUAUAAUUCUCUAGUUAUAUUUGGGAUUAUUUAUUUUUUAUAUUUUUACAUAAUCUAUAAUAUGACCUUAAAUAUAUUGCUUUUAUUUCAGAAUAACCGUAAAUACGCCAAAUGGAAGGCUACGUACAUUAAUAACUGUUUGAAGAAUGGAGAAACCCCAGUGUCAGGCCCUCCUCCUUCCAGCAAGGAUGAAGAUGAUGAACUUAUGAGGCAACUAAUCCAAGUAGAUGACAUUAAACCAACGCCUCCACCACGCUCUUCUCCCCCAAAUUCCGCAAACACGAACGUUGCAGAUUCUCAGAAGUUUGGAUGGAGCGAUAUACCUUUCGAAGGUCCGUUUUCUUCUCCGAACAGCAACACUUAUAACCAGCCGGCUACGAAUUCACCUUAUCCUACGCCUUAUUCUCAACCCGGUAGUCAAUACCCUGGACAGUUCUUCAAUCAGCCGUUCAAUCAACCAAAUCAACCUUCUUACGCACCGCAACCAUACCAGCCUCCUGCUGCACAACCACAAAGCAAUCCGUCGUCAACGACUUCUUUACAGAGCAGUUCUAGCAAAGGUGAGAUCAGUUUGUCUACUACAACAUGCUAUUUAAAGCCCUAGUUAUUUUUGGGAAUGAGUAAUUUUAAGUUUACUCCAAAAAAUCAUUCUUUUGAUUGCAGUAAGUCUCGAAAACAAUCUCGAGGCUCGUCGCUUCUGCAAAAUGGCGUGUUCAGCGUUGGACUACGAGGAUGCGAAAACAGCGAUCGAGUUUAUGGAGAAGGCGUUGGCAGUAUUAAGAAAGUAA